GAAUACAGAAAGUUUUCGUACAAUUUUAACACGCGAUUUAAAAGGUUUUUUAAGAAAACCAACUAUUUUAAACGAUGCCUUGUAUUGAAGAUUGGGUCAGUCAUCCACUGAACGUCAUCGAUGGGAUUUGCAAUGAAAGCGAAGCCACCAAAAGYGACAAAAUCAGAGAAUUUUUCAGCGAGCGAGUGCAUGAGGCCGGCCAUCGCAUACCUUCGCUGAACGACGUCUCAGUUGACAAACUAAGACCCAACAGUUUGGUCAAAUUUAGAUGCAUGGUCCAGGAUAUGUUUGGCCCGGAUUACUACCUCUCUAAAUACGAAGUUGUCUCUAAGUCGGACGGAAAAAAGGCGAUGAAAUCGGGCGUAUAUCGAGACAUGGCCGACUGUCCUCUUGGCUACGAAGUGAACUACGAAGCGACUUGCAAUGUCACUAAUGAGAAGCAAACUUUCUACUGUGUACCAAUUCCUGGCGAGACUGAGUGGGCUAAACAGAGUUUUUCAGUGAAAUCCGCUCGUAUUCAACAUGGCAGUGGUUGCGCAACAUCAAACAAGAGAUCUCUUGACGAUGAUGACAUGGACACCGAAUCAGCUCAUGAAGACAAAGAACCAGUAAUCAUGGAAGGAGUGGAAGCAAUCAAUGGCAACUUCAAAAGACCAAAGGAGAAUGAUCAAACMACAGAAAAACCAAGCAGCUCAUCUCAAAUGGCAUCUCUCAAUCUUCCACUCCCAGAAGAACAAGGUUCUCCCUGCAUUGUGCACAUUUACGAUAGUUAUGAAGACCUCAAGCUGAAUGACAUGGUUGAGAUCAUUGGAGUUGUGUCCAUUCAACCAAACUUUGCGUCAUUCCCAGAUAAGAAUGAGGAAGACUCCGAUGCAAUGGUUCUCAGUGCAGAUAAUUUCAUGACCGAAGAAGAACAAGCUGCUCACUAUCCACCAACUUCCCUUGUCCCAAGAAUCCACUGUGUUCUCUUUCAGCAUCUAAAGCAUUCAAACCCUUGUAUUCCUUUACAUAUCGAUGAAAAGAAAGCAGGAUCAAUGCUUGCUGAAGUUGUCAAAACAAGAGAUGAUAUAGUUGCAGUUCUGAAGAGUGUGCUCUUGGGUGAUGACUUAGCUGCAGAGUAUCUACUCUUGCAUCUUGUGUCUUCAGUUUAUACCAGAUGUGGAAUGAUGGCAGUUGGAAAGUUUGCACUUAAUUUAUGUGGUUGUCCAUCAGAGACGCAAAGUCAACUGGUCAAACAUGUUGCUGAAGCCUUAAAAGCCUGCCUACCAAAAUGUGUCUAUCUUCCAAUGAGCUUAGACAACUUGAACAGCUUGACUUUCAUCCCCAAAAAAGAUUACACAGCAAACAGGCUGACUGCUGGUGUUCUACAACUCUCUGACGGCACUCAAUUGAUCCUGGAUGAAACGGCAAUGGAGUCUGGUAAGCUCAACCCUGCUGGUGUCCAGAAUGUCACAGCUUUAGGCAACGUCAUCACCUGGCAGAAACUAGAGUAUGACUUUAAAUUUUACAAAACAGAUUUCCUGGCCAACAUUCAAGUGUUGGUCCUGUCAGAAGGGAAGUCCAUGCUACCUUGUGAUUGUCAAGUAAAGCUUCAAGGUUCUUCUUCAGUGUCAAGUGCAGUAGUAAGUGGUUUAUCACCUGAUAUUCUAGAAAAGUUUCGAUUAUAUCUGGGUUUGGUGSGUUGUUGUGCUUACUCUGUAACUGAAGACAUGCAGAAGACUUUACAAGAUGACUUUGUACAGGCAAGACAAGCAAACCCAUCAAGUAUGACAGCGGAUGACUUUCAUAUGCACUUGCUGGUGGCAAGACUAAUGGCAUUGAGUUAUGGUUGUGGGUCACUUACACCUGAAUUAUGGGAAAGGGUAAAACACAUGGAGAGCCUGAGGAAAACCAGGCUACCUGCAUCCAUUACACAGUGAUUGAAGUGACUGUUGUGAGACUUGCCUUUCUGGCAUAUUAUAAUAAUAUGAAGUUUGCCAAAGACAUUGUUAUGGAGAUUUGAACAAAUAAACAUUUGAACUAUAGCAUGCUGCUACUUAUGAUAAAAAGACAGUAAGUUGUUAUGUGGAUUAAGGAAACAAACUACAUAUAAUAAUAUACUGUAUCUGCUUAUAGUGGAUGAACAUUUAAUAUACUCAGAGUCUAAAUUGGUACAAAUAGCUAUUCUUUCAAUAUCAAAAAGUAUAUGCAUUUACAACUGAAAUACAUAGUUUGCACAAGUAAAAAAAAUUACAUUGUAGUUUUGUCGUUCCUUGCAAAAUCCAUACAAGUUCAUGGGAUAUCACGAGGUAGACCAACGUUAUUGUAACAUUUUUUCCCUUGGAAAUACUUAAUUAUUUAAGUUUGUAUUUUGGGAUUCCUUUGCCAUCAGAUGAUUUGGAAAAUAGCAACCUAGUUCCCAGGUCCUAUUUCCAUUUGAAAAAAGCAAGCAGAGAAGCCCUGGGAACGAGAUUGGAAAAAUAGUAAUCAGAUACCAGAGGAAUCCCAAUCAUAAGCAUUUUUCUAAAACAUACAUGUACAGUUUUUAGGCCAAAAACAAACAAUAAAAAAGCAUCAACUUAA